AUGGCAUCUCACCUCCCCCACCCUUUCGACCCUCUCAGUGGCGAGGAAAUCCAGGCUGCGACUGCUAUCGUCCGCAAAGCGCAUGGAGAUGAGCUUCAUUUCCAUGUCGUCUCACUUCACGAGCCACGAAAGGCUGAAAUGCUCGCAUGGCUUGCUGACCCGGCAAAGGCUCCGCGACCGCGACGUGUUGCCGAGAUUGUUGUAAUUGACCCGCGAAAUCUCAAAGGGCAUGGCCAAGUUUAUGAUGGCUUGGUGGAUUUGCAGAGCCGCAACAUCACCAAGUGGAUCAAGGCCAGUGGCCAACAACCCAUUCUUAUCGUCGAAGAACUUCUCGAGGUGGAAGCAGCCUGCCGCAGAGACCCAAUGGUCAUCGAACAAUGUCGCAUCAGCGGUAUUGCUGAGCACGAGAUGGAAAAGGUCUACGCCGAGCCGUGGACCAUCACUCAUGACCCUCGAUUCGGUACCGGCACCAGGAUGAUCCAGGGUUUGAUGUACUUCCGACCCCAAGUCGACAACUGUCAGUACCAGUAUCCCCUGGACUUCAAUCCCAUCUACGAUGCCAGCAAGAAGGAAAUUGUCGCCAUCGAUAUUCCAAAGGUGCGACGCCCGCUUCAGCGACACCCGGCCAUCGACUACCACCAUCUACAUAUCCAAAAGAAUGGAGGCUAUAGGACGGAUCUGAAGCCAAUAUACAUUACGCAACCCGAGGGCGUCUCUUUCAACAUGACAGGAACAGGUCGCGAGAUCGAGUGGCAGAACUGGAAAUUCCACAUUGGCUUCAACUACCGAGAGGGUAUUGUAUUCAACAACAUCACAUACAACGACAAGGGCAACGUUCGACCAGUCUUUUAUCGCAUGUCGAUCGCCGAGAUGGUUGUACCAUAUGGUCAUCCUGAGCCUCCGCACCACCGCAAGCAUGCCUUUGAUCUCGGCGAGUAUGGUGCGGGUUAUUUGACGAACAGUCUCUCACUUGGAUGCGACUGUAAGGGAGCUAUCCACUACCUAGAUGUCGAUCUACCUACACAGUCUGGUGAGGUCCGGAAGGUCAAGAGGGCGAUUUGCGUUCACGAAAAUGACGACGAAUUGCUGUUCAAGCACACCGACUUCCGCGACAACUCGACAAUCGUGACUCGUGCCAGGAAACUAAUUGUUCAACACAUCUUUACUGCUGCUAAUUACGAGUAUGCGGUCCAGUGGGUGUUCCAUCAGGACGGCACAAUUCAACCCAAUAUCAAGCUCACCGGAAUCCUCAAUACAUUUGUCAUGAACCCUGGUGAAGACCUAGAAGGUUUUGGUACGCAAGUGAAGAAGGGCGUCAAUGCGCAUAAUCAUCAGCACAUCUUUCUCUUGCGAAUUAACCCCAGCGUCGAUGGCCAGCAGAACACGGUUCACAUGGUCGAUGCCGUCCCAAUCGAUGCACCAGUUGGAAGUGCAGAAAAUCCAUACGGCAACGGCUUCGUUGCGAAGCGUACCAGGCUCGAAACAACCGGCCAAGCCAUGACCGACUACAAUGGCAGCACGUCGCGAACCUGGGAUAUCGUGAAUGAGAACAAGAUCAACAGCGCCAGCGGCAAACCAGUCUCUUACAAGCUCGUUAGCAGGGAUGUACCCAAUCUGAUGCCAAAGGAAGGCUCACUUGUGUGGAACCGAGCGUUUUUCGCCCGUCAUGCUAUCCAUGUCACAAAAUACUCUGAUGAUGAGCUUUGGGCAGCCGGAGACCACGUUGUCCAGUCAUCUGGUAUCCCUUCCAGGGGACUGGGCACUUGGGUAGGCAAUGGAACACAAAACGUGGCCAACACAGACAUUGUUCUAUGGCACACUUUUGGCAUCACACACUUCCCCUCCCCCGAGGAUUUCCCCAUCAUGCCGGCUGAGGGCAUUACGCUUCUCUUGAGGCCCCGAAACUUCUUCACCAGCAACCCGGUAAUGGACGUGCCGCCGUCGUACUCGAUUACACCGAGUGAGAUUGCCGCAAAGAGGACAGGUUUCGACACGACGGACAAGGCGAGCAAACUAAUAGCCAUGGGCAGCCAGUCCUGCUGCAAGCCACCGAAGCUGUAA